AUGAAGAAAUCGAUUGCGAAAACGAGGGUAUCAACGCGGUUCAAGUCUGCUGUUGGUGGCAAGUCUCACAACAAAAGCGAGGAUCUGAAGCAACUGACAGAGAAAUAUGAUGCUUUCAAUAAGUGCCUGAAGUCUUUUCUUGUUGUUUUGAAGCAACAUUACGCUGCGAUGGAAGCGCUGACAAAGUCGCGUAUCGAGAUGGCGCAACAUAUUGCUGUUUUAUCGAGAGGAUCUCCACUUUCUAAUCACGUCGGUGCUAUGCCAGCAGCUGGGGCUCCACCAGAUUCAGUUUGUUCCUACCUAUCAACACAUCACUCUUUGGCAAACAAGAACAAACAGUACUCUCAACGUUUCGCCAAGUUUGUCAUUGAUUACUGUAUCCAAUGGCAACAAGUAGUUUUUACAAGGGUUGACAAAACACUGAAAGAGGCAGAAAAGUCUCGGGUCGAAGCAGAUCACUAUCAAUCAAAGGUUGAAAGCUUGCGCCAGUCCGCCAACGAAAAGCUCGCAAAAGGAAAACAAGUGGAUUCCAAGUCGGCCGAGAAACUUACUCGCAAUGAAGAGAAACUCGUGAAAAUAAAGGAGGAAAACAGGCAAUGUGCGUCUGAUGCUUGUUUGCUAGUGGAAGAACUGACUGAUCGAGCGUGGAGGGAUUUGCAUCCUUUGUUGGUGAAAGUAAUUCAAUUCGACAUGACUAUUAGCACGGAAGAGGCAAAGGCCAUGGGAAGCCUCAAAGCGGUGGUCACUGAAUUGAAAAAUAUCGCGGCUACUCAUGGAAUCAGUGAAGAUGCACGUUUGAAAGAGAUCGAAACUCUAGCUCCUUCCGAUCUAUCGACAAAGGAAGGUGGCGAUACUGUGCAGGUGGAAUCAGAUAUGGGACGAUUAUCCUUUACUGGUAGCACAAAUGGGGGUAUGAUGAAUCAAGGGGGUAAUACGCUCUUUCCAUCAGGUACAACAGCCGCACAAGGGUCUGGAGGGUAUCCUGUACCUGUCAAAAGCAAUGAUGGUUUGGGUGGAAUGUCCACAGUGGACAUGGUUGCAAUUUCAGCUGCAGCUGCUCCACCACCGUCCAUGGACCAGCUAGAAGCAGCCUUUGGUUCCUCCAAUUCGUCAAUGGGUUCAGAAAUCAGCGCCCCGCCAGCUUCGGCACCCCCGUUACCUCCAGGCGAUACAAAUCCAUUCGGUCCGGGACCAACACCUGCUGCAGCACCCAAUCCGUUCGGUCCAGAACCAACACCCACUACUCCAAGUAUGUAUGGGGCACCACCAACCAAUCCAUUUGGUGGUCCAGCACCUUCACCUGCUGCUACCAAUCCUUUCGCCGGACCACCCAAUCCAUCAGCUGCACCAACCAAUCCAUUUGCAGAUCCAGCGCCAGCCUACCACCCCCCGCCGUCCCCAUAUGCAGCAACACAACCAAUGGCCCCACCCGCUCAACAGUAUGGUGGACAACAGCAGCUCGCAAUGCAUACCAGCAACAGAUCCGGAACACCUUCCGCGAGCGGAUACGGCCUUUCGCAGCCAUAUCAACAGCAGCAGGCAUACGGCCAACCACCGCAGCAGCAACAACAACGUCGUACCAGCAGCAAUCCUUUUGACUGA